AAGAAGAGACCGAGUCUUUAGUCAAAAUUGAAACCAAUUUAGGCAAAUUCGUUCUACUUGCUUAGUAUAUAAAUUGACUGCAGCUGAAACGGAUCUGUGUACGUACGUUCUAACUAUUUUUGCUAUAAUGAAUUUGCGUUUGCAAAUGCUAGUAAUUGGUGUGUUUAUAUUGAACAGUGCAGCUUGGCGAUGUUCAAAACCAGGACGUUUCCGUAAUCCAGAUGAAGAUGAGACAAGCUGUGAACUGUACGUGACAUGUAUUCCUAAUCCAGAUGGAACUUUUGAAAUAAAAAACGAUCAGUGCAAUAUAGGUAACAUGUUCAGUGCUAAGUAUCAACGUUGUAUAACUGGGGAUUCUUGUGACAACCUGGAAGAUUUCUACGCUAUAGAAUAUGAAUGUAAGGAAUGCGGGAAGUUUGUAAAUGUAAAAUCGCAAGACUGUCGCCAAUUUGUGAACUGUUUAAAGACCAAAGACCCUGGUGUAUUCAUACCUGUCAAACAAAGUUGUCCAAAUAACCAAGUGUUUUCGGCAAAAACUUUGUCAUGUGUAGAUGAGAACGAUUAUCAGUGUCCGCCAAUAGUUCUUAAAUCACUUUCAGACUUUGUUUGCUUGAAUGUGGGCAAAUAUCCUGAUGAAUCAGUACCGAACUGCCGUGGUUACAGAUUAUGCUCAAAACUACGAAACGGAACCAUGGUUUCAAAAAACUUUCUCUGUGAAAAAGAUCAUAUCUUCUCAGAAAUAGAACGGAAGUGUGUCACGUCAGAUAUUUAUGAUUGCCCGGAUGAUGGUAAUCAUGAUUUUAAGUGCUCUGCAGUUGGACGCUAUCCUGAUAAAUUGUCCAAAACAUGCGAAACCUUUUACAACUGCUUCCAAAACUCAGAGGGAGAGUUAAAGGCGACACUAUUGACUUGCUCGAGAGGCAACAUUUUUUCUGCGAUAACAUCAAAAUGUGUUUCUACAUCAGAAUAUGUAUGUCCAAUAGCGCAUGUAGAGUUGGAAUUAUUGGAUCACCAUACUGUCAGUGCAAUCAAGCGAUUGACGGAAGAAGAAGAAAUUGCAGCUUGCGCUGAAUCAGGUCGUUUUCCUAAUGAAAAUGAUCAAUGUGAGACAUACUACCUGUGUUCACGCGACCCACAAGCCAACUGGUUUAAGGUGAUCGCUCACUGUCCACCCGAGUCACUUUUCUCCCCAGAACAAAAGCGAUGUGUUAGUAUUAACGAUUACGCGUGCCCAAUUACUACAACCCAAUCAUUUUCAGUUACUGAUUCUGCAUUCGAGGAGUCUUCCAUAGAAUGUAUCGGUGCUGGUCGUGUUUCAAAUCGCGAAGAUGACACUUGUAGAACAUAUUAUUUGUGCUCUUUAAACUUAAAAAAUGUAUUGACGAGCGCAUUAUUCAUUUGUCCGGAAAAUUCUGUGUUCUCUACUAAGCAGAACAAAUGUGUUCCAAACGAAACAUAUACCUGUGCCUCAUUUAUAGAAACUACAAUUACGCCAGAAAUUUCCGAUGAAUCGGGAGAUGGCAUUGAUAUUGUAAAUUCAGAUCAAGUGGACCAAUCCAGUGCUUCCAAUACGUCGUUAUUUAGUGAAUAUCCGAUAUCAUACGUGUACGUAAAAACUGAAAGCACAACUUCCACUUUACCAACUAACUAUAAAUAUCCUUGUACUGCAACUGGACGCUUUGCAGAUAUGAACUCCGCUGACUGUCGUUCAUAUUUUCUAUGUACCGAAUACAAAUCUGGUACAAUCUUAUCUGUGCAUCUUCACUGCCCAAGCGGAAUGGUUUUCUCACGCAAUGAAAGUAAGUGUGUUGUGUCGACUAAGUAUUUAUGCUAGAUGGAAGCGAUUCCCGGAGCAAAUAUAUUUGACUUAUAUGUGGCUAAAUGUAUAUACAAACAUCUCGACUUGCUUUGGCUAUCUUUCUUCUGCUGGUGAGCUUCAAAAUGCUGUAAAUUACUGUUUAACCUGGCGAAAUAAAAUCAUCCAUGCAGCAUAGAAAUUGUGAAAGUUGUUUUUUUUUGUCGAAGGCAUUUUUUGUAUUUAACAGCUGCUGAGCUCAUGAUUACUGAUUUGGAAAAUGAAUUGCGAAGAUAAUGAGGGGAAACGAAAUGCACUAAUUGCAUCACCCGAAAAACAGAAGAUAUUUCAAGACUCAUUCGAUUCGAUGUAUGUAUUUAUGUAAGAAACCCUCACGGCCUAUGCAUCAACCACCUUUGACUUUCAUUCAUUUUAUCCACAUGAUCCACAGAUAAUCAAAUAUCGCCAGGAUGUUUUUCAACUAUAGGUUAUUGCAAAAAAAACGAUUUCUCUUGUACUCAUCUAAAAAUGGUGAGUUAAAGCAGUUAAGAGGUAUCAAAUUUCGACGGAAAGUAGUUCAUAGUAAAACUUGGGCCCUGAAAUGAAAAAAAGAAGAAAAAAUAAAAUAUAAAAGCAAGAUCAA